AAAUGGUUUGUUUUUCAACACUCCAUGAAAACGAAAGUAAAUUCGUUCAAGCGAAGAUAAAAAGAUUAGUAAUUAUGACGUCAAAUACGAUUACUUUCUGCGAAGCUUGUGACUUCAGAGGUAUCAAACAGGAAUCGGUGGUGUGGUGUCAUGACUGUGAAGAGGCAUUUUGUUCAAACUGUGCAGAUCACCAUAGCAGCGCUAGGAAAACACGAGAACAUAUGGUCAUAUCAAUGGAUAAUUACUCGAAACUACCUCCUAUCAUCAGGAAAUUGAGCUCACACUGCGAACAACAUAACGCACCGUUUCAGAAUUACUGCAUUACUCAUGAGCAGUUAUGUUGCAGAAAGUGUAUUGAUCCUUUACACAGUCACUGUACUAGUCUGCCAGCUGUUGAUGAUUUUCUAAAAGAUACCAAAAGAUCAUUUUUGACUGAGCAGUUGUCAGAGGGUUUCAAAGAUAUCUAUUCCUUUUGUGAAUAUAUGGUCAAAGAAAAAAGACAGAACAUAAGAGAGCUUACUUCCGAAAGCAAUCAAAUUGAAAACAGAAUCAAACAGAUACGAAAACAGUUAAAUGAACAGUUGGAUAUUCUAGAAGCACAACGAAAAACUGCGUUAUUAAAACAUAAAACAGAAAUCCAUAAAGUUAUCGACCAGCUCUCUGAACACCAACAAUGUGCGGGAGAAUUUAAGGACAGUUUAUCUUUUAUGACAGAAAAUGCAUCCAAUAUGCAGGUGUUUUUAGCAUCGAAAAAGUUUGAAACGGACUUGCAGAAAGCAGAGGAAUCUAUCACUUCUCUACAAACACGAGGCGCUUUGAAAAACAUUGUUUUCUGUUUAGAUGAUAUAAUGGUUGCGAACAUAGAUAGGGGUGAUAUCAAACUCGGUUCUUUUUCUGUAAAAACUUUACCCGCGAGCAAAACGUAUGUUAAACGAAAAGAUAAGGAAAUACAAAUGUUCAUGGUUACACAAAAACCUACAAUCAACAGUGUCAAACUUACUUUACUACGAAAACUGCCGUUACCAGAAGGCAUGAGCGUAACGGGGUGUUUAUUACUACCAACAGGUGGUAUUAUUAUUACAGGUGAUUUCUAUGUUGUAUUUCUAGAUCCUUACGGUACUGUGAAUAAGAAACUACAACUAAGAAUGGCGUAUGAUGUCACGUGUAUAAAUGAUAAAAAGAUUGCAGUCACUGAUGAUGCCGAAAUAACAUUCAUUGAUAAGGAACGAAAAGAAGUUAUUAAACGCGUAAGGGCUGAAGGUUACUGUUUUGGUAUUUCACAUUCUAAAGGAUCAAUUAUCUAUACAACGGAUAAAUCUAAAGUCAAGAAAAUGGAUUUGCGCACAGAGAGAAUUACCACGCUAAAUGUAGGAGACCCGAUUUUUCAAUCUUAUGUAGUGGGAUCUGAAGAUAAGAUUUUCUAUUCGAACUGGCAGGAACACACUGUUAUCUGUUACGAUAUCAAUGGUUCUGCUCUUUGGAAAUUCAAGGACGAAACUGUUCUACGAAAUCCAAGCGGAAUAUCAGUCGACAACAAUUGCAAUGUUUUCGUGGCCGGACUAAAUUCUAACAACGUCGUCGUUAUAUCACCUAAUGGGAAGCAGUUCAAACAAAUUCCAUUGGUUGGAGAUGGUAUCAGCAAUCCAAGGGCGAUAAGUCUUGAUAAAGAGAAUAAAUUGUUGUUAGUAUGCUCAGAGAGAUCACGCAGUGCAAUUUAUAAAGUUGAAUAAAUACAGCAUAUUACGAUGUAGGAUAACUGAGCAUCGUAGAGUGAUUGAAGUUCUUUUCUAAUUUUGCUAUUCUAUUAAAUCUAUCUGCGCAGUAUACUGAUUUUCACAGUAAACAUAUGAACAAAGAAAGUGAGCAUAAAAUAUGGAAGAACUUUGGUUCCUGAUUAUCGGUUCUACAAUUUUCACAAGUAAGAAUAAUACAACGUGUCUGAUUAACACAGAAAAGCGCUUCAAAUGCACGAAAUUUAUUAAGUGUUAUAUUUAUUAAACCUAUGCCUGCAAAUAAAUUAUUUGAAGAUGACCAACGUCUGUUGAGUCCGUGUAUGAUUUACUACAACCACAAUUAUGGUCACCCGUGAGUCACUUGAAAUGGAAAUAGAUGUUAGUGAUUUUUGCCUAUUGAUAAUUAUUGCCUAUUGAUAAUUCUUGUCUAUUAAUAAUUCUUGCCUAUUGAUAAUUCUUGUCUAUUAAUAAUUCUUGCCUAUUGAUAAUUCUUGCCUAUAAUUGAUAAUUCUUGUCUAUAAAUAAUUUUUGCCUAUUGAUAAUUCUUGCCUAUUAGUAAUUCUUGCCUAUUGAUAAUUCUUGCCUAUUGAAAAUUCUUGCCCAUUAAUAACUCUUGCCUAUUAAUAAUUAUUGCCUAUUAAUAAUUCUUGCCUGAUUUAAUUCGUUUCCCUAAAUGAUGACGUUCAUGAUAGACGAUACUUGCGCUCAAAAGUUAUUUUCCUACUUCUCUGUACCGAAGACAAAGUCAUUAUAAUACUUAUAUAUGUUUACAAGUCAAUUAACAUCUUAAUUUCAAGAACAAGCAAUCGGUUGUGUACUUUAAAAACAAGAUACACGAUCACCUAAUUCCUCUUUAUCAUUUGUCUCUAGCUUACUUCAGCCCAGACAGAUAAACCACUCUUACCAGAAUAUAACAAAGCAGAGACAAGGCAUUCUGAAUACAAAUGACGUUUUACAGUGAAGAUAAUUUCAUUAUUUUAGUAAUUGGCUUCUGUGUCUCCUACAUAAAGUCAUAGUAUUUUUUUAAAUUAUUGUGUCACGAGAUAAAUAUAUGUGAAUACAUGUAAAUUUAUGAAACACAUAUUGAAAUGAUAAUAAUCACUCAAUUGCAGAAUAAAACGUUAAAGUACUCAAACGUUUGGGUGCUAUUUCAAAUGUACAAGCUGUGGUUCUAUUUCUGACUUGGACGUUUGUGUAAUUUACGAAUGUAGCUUGCAAAGCAGGAUAUCUUUACCCUUCAAGAGCACCCUAUUUAAAUUCAGUUUACACGAGAGAUCCAAUUACUGGGACUUAAGUUUUUAAAUAUGCUUCCUUUCAUUUUUGCUCGUUUUUUACGAUUGUGCCAUCUAUUCCAUUAAGUGUCAUCCAUUGUUUUAUUUAAUUUUUCGCUCAUUUAUCUAUGCAAAUUAUAUUAAGUUUUUUUUUACAAGCGAUUUGAUGGGUUAAUUUUUAUAGCGUUUGAUUAGAGCGUAUAUAUAUAUAUAAUAUGUAGGAAAACAUUCUUUUGAAAAGAAAUCGACUGGUUAGGGUUACAGAAUCAGUUGCAAUAUUAACAUGCAUGCUGUUUAAUUUCCAACCAUAUUUUAUGUAUGUCAUAGAAUUGUGUUCACAACUUUAGAAAGACUUGAUUUUACGUGUAUAGUAAUCAUCAUAAUAUAUUAAAAAGGUUAACACCAAGUGACAACUGUUUCGUGCAAAUUUAGAAUUAAAACAAAUUAAACAUAAAA